GGCGAAAAAUCCAGGAUGGCGGCGCAGCCGACGGCUAACCCGGGCGUCCGCCUCGGCUGGAAGGGCCCUGGCGCUCUAGCGUCCCCGUCGCGGCUGCCGCUGUCUCGCUUCGCCGCGGCCGCGCUCCCGCCACGCAGGGCUAGUAGAGGAAAGUUUGCAGUUGCAGCCGUCACUAUAGAUGAUUAUCUUCCGAUGCGAAGUACUGAAGUGAAAAAUCGAACAUCAGCAGAUGAAAUCAAAAGCGUCAGACUAAUCACAGCCGUCAAAACCCCUUAUUUGCCAGAUGGAAGAUUUGAUCUUGAAGCAUAUGAUUCUUUGAUAAACACCCAGAUAAACGGUGGUGCCGAAGGUGUGAUAGUUGGAGGAACAACAGGAGAAGGUCACCUUAUGAGCUGGGACGAACACAUCAUGCUCAUCGGGCAUACUGUUAACUGCUUUGGAACACACAUUAAAGUGAUAGGCAACACAGGAAGUAACUCAACUAGAGAAGCUGUUCACGCGACGGAGCAGGGAUUUGCUGUUGGCAUGCAUGCAGCUCUCCAUGUCAAUCCUUACUAUGGGAAGACCUCAACUGCAGGAUUGAUCGCUCAUUUCGGUGAGGUCCUCCCGAUGGGUCCAACCAUCAUUUACAAUGUGCCAGGCAGGACUGGUCAGGAUAUACCUCCUUCAGUCAUUGAGGCGCUUUCAGGUUAUUCAAACAUGGCAGGAGUGAAAGAGUGUGUUGGACAUGAACGAGUCAAGUGCUACACUGACAAAGGUAUAACAAUAUGGAGCGGCAAUGAUGACGAAUGCCAUGAUUCUCGGUGGAAGCAUGGUGCUACUGGAGUUAUUUCUGUGGCUAGCAACCUUGUUCCUGGUCUCAUGCACAGUCUGAUGUUUGAAGGGGAGAAUGCGGUGCUAAACGAGAAGCUGCUGCCUCUAAUGAAAUGGUUAUUCUGCGAGCCUAAUCCGAUUGGUCUCAACACUGCCCUGGCUCAGCUCGGCGUAGUGAGGCCUGUUUUCAGGUUACCAUAUGCUCCUCUUUCUCUUGAAAGGAGGAUCGAGUUUGUCCGGAUUGUCGAAGCUAUUGGACGGGAGAACUUUGUGGGACAGAAAGAGGCACGGGUUCUGGAUGAUGAUGAUUUUGUGUUGAUUAGUAGGUAUUGAAUAAGUGAGUUCAGUGUGCCCAAUGUUUGU